UAGCUGGUUCUCUCCUUACAAAAAGAAGCGGCCGGUAUUAGAAGCAGAGUGAGCCGGAAGUCGCUCAGCUUUCUCUCGCGCUGCACGGGCGGAAACUGAAGCACUGGAAGAGAGGUUCCGGGGCUGGGCCGGCCUGGCUGGAGGCGGCGGAAUGGAGACUGAGACUGAGGAUGCGGGACUGAGUCGCCGCCCGACCUUAGCCUCUUCCUGGGAUGCCGAACGCGGGGCCCUGACCCAGAGUCUCCUUCUCACUCAAGCUGGUCUCGGCGCCCGCGACUUCGACUGCAAAGAGCUGCUGGCGCCGCCUGCUUCGGGGCAGGAUCUGGUGAUUUUGAAGAGAAGCCUGAACAGCCAAGAUGAAAGCCCCUGCUUCCUCUACCUGAGGUGUGACCCUGCCGGAGGUGGAGAAAUCGUUUCUGUGGGCAUUCUCAGUUCUGCAAGAAACAUGGAAGUAUACUUAGGAGAGGAGUACUGUGGAACCAGUCAGGGCAAGGAUGUUGGUACUGUCCUGGAUGACAGUGAAAACAAAAUUAUUUUCUACAAAAAAUAUUUAAAAUUGGAGUCCUUGUCUCAUGCAUGUAAAAUAAAGUUGCUGUCCUUUGGUGAAAAGCAGUGUGUGUUCAUCAGUAAAGUUGUGGUACACAUGAGACCGAUUUCAGCAGAUUCUUCAACAAGCUCUCCAGCUCUGGGAUCAAGGAUAGACCUAGACAGGGUUCAAGCCAUAAUGGAGUCCAUGGGGUCAAACUUAUCACCUGGAGCUCAGCAAUUGAUGAAUAUGGUUAGGUUUCAACAGCUGAAUUGCAUUCCCAUUGAAGAACAGCUUCAGUCGGUUUUGGGAAAUCCUGGAUACAAGCAUGUGAUUGGACUACAACCAUCAUCUACCUUAGGAGCCUUAGACAAGUCAUCCUCCACACCUUUUCCUUUUAGAACUGGACUGGCAUCUGAAAAUGUGACUGAAAACUUAAAAGCUUACAUCGACAAAAGUACACAGCCACCUGGUCAAGGGAAUACUACAAGGCUUGAUGAGUGUAAAAUUGUGCCACAAAACCAUUCGCUUCUUGAAAAUGAUUUUAAAAAUGCAAUAUCGUCUUUCUUACCAAAGAAAACAAAUAACAACUCAAAUAUACCUAAUUCUGAGUUGCUCCCUUUUCUCCAGAAUUUGUGUAGUCAAGUUAAUCAUCUCCAUGUGGGACGUAAGGCUGAGUGGCAGGAAAACACCAAGCACAAAGGCAUUCUUGGUGUUGGAAUGGAAGAAUACCCUGUUUGCUCCUAUCUGGAAAAGAUUCUUUCUAAAAAUAUGGAACUGCUGGAAAAGAAACUUAUGGACUACAUUGAUCAGCGAAUAUAUAAACUCCAGGAGCACAUAGAUGAUAAAAUUGCUUUGUUAAUGGACUUGCUGCAAAAUCCCAACUCCCCACCCACUGGAAUGCCGCUAAGACAUUGUGACUCUGGAGAAAGACUUUCAAAUGGAGAGAGAUAAGCUCUCAACGUAUACAAUGUACUGCAGAUAUUUAUUGCAUAUUUAUUACAAAGCCAAAACCCAAAAAUGUCUCUGAAAAGCAAGGAUUUAAUGUCCUUUGAAGAAUCAUAAUCCUAACAUAAAGUGACCUCAGUGUUCAUUUUUACUAUACUUGUUCUUGUAAAUCCAGUACUGUACACUAUGAGUUAACAUGAUAUAGUCAUAAAUUAUUUUUGCUAGCAAUAUUUUUCACUUAUAAGAAAUUUAUAUAAAUAAUAUAUUGUUUGUUUAAAAUGUUCAAUUUCUAAUGAAGUUCAUUAGUUUGUAUUGUAUGUGUUUGAGUGUUUUAACUUAUAUUAAACAAAGACUUUAUAGUUUUAUGGGUGUGAAAAGAAUGCUUACAGUAGUUGACUUUUUUUCUAAUUGACUAUUCUUGGAAAACUGGAACCUUUAAUUUCAUAUCACCAAUUUAUAUUUUAUAUUGUCUAUUUCAGAUAGAAAAUUAGAUGUGAUAUUUGGCAUGUGUAAAAUUAGUUCCCAUUGGGGCCAUUUUAUGAUCUGUCACAUUAUAGCAGUAGAUAGGAAGGUGAAUAUCAGAACUGGCCUCUUGAUAGGAUUAUUAUUUUGGAUUAAGUGUUUGGUGUAAAAUGGGAGAAGUCUUGUUUUAUCUGAAAUCCAGAAAACAUAAGCAGGUCUCUCCUUUUUUUGAGCUUAUACAGAUUCUUCUUUCCAAAACCUUUCCUGAUCCGUUUAAAGUGUGAAAUGCUGAGGCUCUCCAUUAAAGGAGGAAGGCAGGUGAAUCAAAGAGAUUACAGUUCUCUCCGGCAGGCUUAGUUUUCAGAAAUUAUAAUUAUUGUAUAUGUGUUAAAGGGUAAUAUAUUUGUAUCUAAAAAAAUAAAUGCACCCACUGUGGAAACUUA